AUGAAGUACGCAAAUGUUCCCAAAUUUCAGUAUCAGAAGUUUGAUGGUGCUCACUAUCAAACUUUCGAUCGUCAAUCUUUGAAAUUCACCUCCCACCUCAUUGUCCCUAAACCUACAAUUUCCCUGCCACUGUCAGACAAUACAGAAGAAGUUGCUGACACUGAGCCGGAUAAGGGGAAUACUGAGCAGACUACCGAGGAGAAUAAACCCGUCUCUUCAGAAGAGUCUCCUUCGACCGAAAACGAUGCCCCGGCUUCUUCUGAUCCACCGGCGGAGACAAAGGAUGAGGAAUCGACGCCUGAACCCGAGCAAAAGACAGAAAAUAACGAAACCGGCGGAGAAGCCCCUGGUGAUGGUGAUUCGAAUGAAGCAGCUGCCGGCGCAUCAGCAGAACCUGUAGACGAAAGUAACACUAAUGAUGAUACAGCCACUCCCGAGACAGUAGAGGAGACGUCAACGGCAGAGGCUGCACCGGCAGAAGACACUCCGUCAACAGAAGAUGCAACGCCAGCGGAGGAGACGACACCAGGAGAUGGCACGCCGGCUGAAGAAACUACACCGGCUGGAGAAAAUACACCCGCAGAAGAUGCUCCAUCAUCAGAAGACGUCUCGCCAGCAGAGGACGCUACACCAGCAGUAGACCCUCCGUUGACAGAAGAUGCGACGCGAGGGGAGGAUUCUACGUCGGCAGAGGACACCACGUCGGCAGGAGAUGAAGUUUCGCCAGGAGACGCUCCUCCAGAAGAUGCCAUGCCAGCAGAAAAUGCCCCAUCAUCAGAAGAAACCACACCAGCAGAAGAUGCUACGCCGACAGGUGAUGCUCCGUCAGAAAAUGUCACGCCAGCAGAAGAUGAAACGCCAGCCGAGGAGAAUUCAACAGAAGCAGGACAAGCUGAGGACCUUCCUGUUGAAUCAGCAGUGUCUCCAGAUGCUCCACCAGCUAUAGAGCCGGAGACACCUUCAGAAGCCCCGCCACCUGCGGAAGAGGAGACACUGGAACAGGAACAACCAAAAGACGAGCCAGGCGUAGGAACUUCCAAGAAGAAUAAGAAGAAGGAUAAGAAGAGUAAAAAGAAGAAAGAUAAUUCUCUAAAUUCGACAAAUGAUCCCGAGCCAGAAGCACCAGCCGCAACUGAGAAGCUGCCACCUGAAGACAUCGCCAAAGACAAUCCAGCGGCGGACAGUAAGCCAGCUACCGAAACGUCAAAUUCAACAGAUGGCUGGGAGGAAUUUGGCAACAAGAAAGGGAAGAAAAAGAAGGAAAAGAAGAAGAAAAAGGGCUUGAAUCUAGAAACGCCUUCUGAGGAACCGUCCGAACAAGCGCCCCUAGAGCCGUCUGUAGAGCCGUCCGCAGAGGUAGCACCCGAAAAUGAAGCUGCUGCCGAAGGUUCGAAAGAACCCCCUGCGGAAGAAACAGUCAUCUCCGAGGAACAAAAUGUCGACGAACAACCGGUUACGGAGGAUCCGGUAGAUGCAGUAGACGAAGCACCGGAGGCCAAGGAGCCUCCAGAGGAUACCGCAUCUACGGAGUCUCCUGCUGAAGAGUCAUCAGAGAACGCCCAGAUACCGGAACAAGCAGAACAAGCGGGCCAAGUUGAAGGAGAGAAUUCUCAGGAAGAAGAAUCUCCAGACCAGCCAUCUGCAGAAAAUCCCGAAGAUGCUGCGAAAGAAGCUGCCGCAGAAAAAUUAGCUGAAAAGGACGAGGAGGCACAAGAACAGGUGUCUGCCGAAGAAACCGCAGAGAAUGUUGUAGGAGAAGUUGCUGCUGAAAAUCCUAUUACGGACGACACGACUGAAGAACAUUCAUCUACAGAAGUUUCCACAGAAGAUACAACACUACCUACUUCAGCGGACGAAUUAACAGAAGAGAAAGAGCCGGCUGAGGACAUUCUCGACGCUUGGGAUAUGGACGAUGACGGUGAGGUAGUUGACGGAUCUCCUGACACCGACAGCGCAAAACAAGAUGAAAAUGGUAAGAAAUACCUUGUUUCUUUACACUUUGAUACAAUCUCAUCAUUCGUACUAGACGAUGACACCUUCCCUGAAUGCGACCCUUCUGCAGAACUAGACAAGGUAGAGGCUGAGAAAGAAGCAGAAGCAAAACAGGCGGAGGAAGAUGCCGAAGAGGCAAUUUCAGAGGCAGCUGCAAUGUCAGAGCCAGGUAAUGAGGAUCCGAUAGAUGUAGACGGCGAUGAGCAGGAAAAUGCUGAAGCGCCAGAAGAGCCGGCUGCUGCUGACGCUGAGGCUGAACCCGAGGCUCCUGAAGCGGCAGAAACGACAGAAGCGGCAGCAGCGGACGAGGAAAAAACAGAAGAUGCUGUUGUUGAAACCGCCGAGGCAUCUGGGAAGACAGAAGUCCCAUCUGAGGAACGGAUGGAGCCUGCUUCUGUCGAUGUGGAGGUGCCUAAAGAAAGCCCCAGUGAUGAAACCAAUGUCGACAAGCCACCGGUAGAUGAUCAAACUCCGGAGGAGCCCGCAGGCGAGGAGAGUGUGGCUGAACCCGAGGUAUCAGAAGCAGCUGUUGAAGAGGCCGUUGAAGAGGUUGCUGAAGAAAACGUCGCGGACGAAGUCCCAGAAGAAACAGCUGCCGAUGAAGCAGUUGAGGAAGAACCAGCAGAGGAAACGCCAAAAGAUGGCCCUGCUGAAGAAACAGCUCCAGAAGAAGAACCUGCUGCUGAUGUGUCGAAUGAAGAGCCUUCGGAAGAGCCUGUAGAGGAACAUGUAGAGGAAGAGCCAUCAGCUAAUGUUGCAGAAGAGGAGGAACAGCCUGUCGAAGAGCCCGCUGUGGAGGAAGAACCAGCUCCCAAGGUCCCAGUCGAAGAAGCUGUUGACGAAAUUCCAGCUGUUGAAGAGGCAGCCACAGAGGGAAUAGAAGUUGCUGUUGACGAAACUCCGACUGCUGAGGCAAUCGAAGAAACUCCAGCCGGGGAGGCUCCUGUUGAAGAAACACCAGCCCCUGAGACGGCUGAAGAAGCUGUUGCUGAAGAGCCAGCGGCUGCUGAAGAGGCUACUGAAGAAGCUCCCGCGGAGGAAGCACCAGCUCCAGAGGCGCCGGUUGAAGAAGCUGCUGCUGAAAUAGUGGAAGAGGAAAAAUCUGCUGAAGGGGAGCCCGCUAUCGAGGACGAUAUGGCUCCAGAUGCGUCAAAAGAUGAACCAGCUGAAGAAGUUGCCGUACCUGAAACAGAAGCAGCUGAUUCGCCACAGAACGGAGCUCCCGCUGAAGAACCUCAAGAACAACCGCCAGUGCCAGACGAGAUGGUUGAACAGCCAGCUGAAACCGAGUCGCCUGAAGCCGCGCCUGUCGCCGAAGAGGUUGUCGAAGAGGCGGCCGCAGUAAUUACUCGUGAGCCUGCAACGGAAGAUGCACCCGCACCCGAGCCUGUUUCAGAGCCUGUAGAUAUUGCCCCUGAAGCAGAAAUCAUCGAAAGAUCGCCCCCAGAGGUGACCGAAGCAGAUGGACCGAGUGAAUCGGCUGUGAUUGAUGAUGACCGCGAGCGUUCUCGAAGAAGACGACGUCAUCAGCCUGGGUGGACUCGCGAAAGACGGCCUUCAAAACCCUCAAUUGAAAUUAACAGAGGCCAUCUGGAGCGCCCCAAGGGUGACGGCGGUGUACUGAAAAACCGAUGGGCUAUGGCACUCGACGAGGCUCGACGACAGCAAGAAGCGAAGGUGGCGAGACAACGCAAGGAGGCCAAACUCAAACUUGAAAGAGCCGAGGAACAGAAGAGACAAGAGGAAGCAGAAAGGAGGGCCAAGCGGGCUGCUGAAAAGGAAAAACUCCGAGAAGCUGAGCGGAGAAUGGGUAAAGAUAGCAGGAAUAGCAGAUCGGGACGGCAUUCCUCUGAACACUCAUCCAGCCAUGAACGGAGCAGGAGGCGAGAAGUAUCACCAAAGUCGGAAUCUGAUCCUCUCAUUGAAAAAGUCAUUAACUCACUGACUUCGGGGAAAUCUAAUACCAAUGGGCCGCUGCUUCACAUCAAUGCCACUAAAGCAGUCGCCGCCGUCUCAGCACGCCCUGAGCAGAUGCGAAGGUCAUCGACGCAUCACUCAGGACAUACUCGCCGCUCGCAUGAAGAAAGGGUGUCUAGCAGUUCCAGAGAUGACCAUGCAGCGAGGCGAGAAAGACAACAUCGCUCGGAGCGUCGGAGAGAGGAUACUUCAGAUGAACGACGCCGACAUCGUGACGAACGUGAACGCGAACGUGAACGUCGACAUGAUGAGCGCGCAGCACAUGCUGAGCAUCCUCGUAGCAGUCGUCACCCGAGACAAGAGCAGAAUGCAAAAUCUGGGUCAUCUCGAAUGGGUGGCUUAUUGAAAUCGAUCAAGGUAUUCUGA